UGACAUCUUGGCAUUUGUUUGUGUCUGCCUCAUUCAAGAGAAGAUCUUGAGAACCUGAUUAUCUGGGUGAGGUGAUUUCUUUUGUCCUGAUUAUUGUCUGAAGAGCAGAGCCCAGUAUCAUGGAGAAAUUCAAGGCAGGCAUGAUUCUGGGUGGUGUUGGUGAUGCCUUGGGCUACCGAAAGGGCCAUUGGGAAGCAAGCCCUUCAGGCAGGAAGAUCCAGGAGGAACUGGCCUCUAUGGGAGGUCUGGGGGCCCUAAAACUGGACCCUGAUAAUUGGCCCCUGAGUGAUGCAACGCUGAUGCACAUGACCACAGCAGAGGCACUCAUAACAGAUUACUGGUGUCUGGAGGACCUGUACCGGGAGCUGGUGCGUCUCUAUGUUGAAGCCAUGGUGUCUCUCCAGGGCAGAGUCCCUGAUCCUUUCACAGUGGAGGGCUGUGCUCACCUCAAACCUCACAACUUCCUGCUCGCCUGGCAUACUCCCUUCAAUGAAAAAGGGUCUGGGUUCGGGGCAGCUGCUAAGGCCAUGUGUGUGGGUAUGAGAUACUGGCAACCUGAGAGGCUAGACAGCCUGAUUGAGGUUGGCAUUGAGACUGGCAGAAUGACCCACAACCAUCCCACAGGCUUCCUGGGCUCCAUGACAACGGCACUGUUUGCAUCUUAUGCAAUCCAGGGGAAACCUCUUGUGACUUGGGGCCGUGAGCUCAUGAAGGUCAUCCCUCGAGCUGAGGAGUACUGCAAGAAGACUAUACGACACAUGGCAGAGUAUCAGGAAAACUGGUUUUACUUUGAGGCAAAGUGGCAGUUUUACCUGGAAGAGAGAGAGAUAGAUAAGGACGGACAGAAUAAACCUUUAUUCCCUGAUCGCUAUGAUGCUGAGGAGACAGAUAAGACGUAUAAGCGCUGGAGCUCAGAGGGUCGUGCAGGCCGGAGGGGGCAUGAUGCCCCCAUGAUAGCCUACGACGCUCUUUUGGCAGCAGGGGGCGACUGGGCUGAACUGUGUAAACGAAGCAUGUUUCAUGGAGGUGAGAGUGAAGCCACAGGCCUGAUCGCAGGUUGUCUCUAUGGCCUCAUGCAUGGCCUGAACCAGGUUCCCCAGAGCUUGUACCAGGAUUUGGACAAAAGAGAGCGACUGGAGGAGCUGGGAGAUGCGCUUUACAAGGCAGCGUCUGCAGAGAAGUGCAUAGACAAGUAAUCCUGCUCCUUCACUGGCCCGAACUCUACUGGCUAUGAGAAGAACUGCACAAUGAUGCUAAACUGCUUCCUUUUGUCCCGCACUACCCUCUAGUCUGCCUUGGCAGUAUCUCCAUAGUCUUAAGUGGCAUCCUGUCCUCUCCUCACCACUCUUGUCCUUCUCUGCUUGAUUUUGCUGUCCACUAUCCACAGAUCUGUCACGAAUCAUAAAAGUUAAAGCACCUCUCACUGUAGUUGCGAGGCUGAGAAACUUGAAAAGGCCAUUUAGGGUGUUGAGUUUCAUGAAUGCUUUUCUUCAAGAUCAUCUCUCUGGUAUAACAUCUGGAAUCAGUCUACUCUACAUAUUGCAUAUUGACUUUUAAGCUUACUGAAUGUUAACAUGCCUCUAUUCAAUUCAAAUGACAGAACUGUGGGGAAAAGUUAACGUUUACAGCUUUGAGUUAACUAAGACUUGUAGAUAUUUACAACCAGAAGAUAAUUCCUUCUCUGACUUUUUCCCUGUUAAAAGCUAACCUGUAUUAACAUGAAGUACAUAGAAAUGUUUGGUCAUGAAAUAUCUGAUUUGUCAAAAUCUCCACAAAAUUGUGGAAAACGUAUCUAUUGUGGGUUUUGACAAAUCCUAAAUGAAAAUAUUACCUGAAUCAAAAAGGCUUGUCAUGAAAUCUAUACUUUUCAACUUAUCUAGCUUUAGCUUAUCAAUGCAUGUGAGAUAUGGUUGAAAUUCUGUAAUGAUGUAACUUUUGUGCUAAACAAUUAUUCAGUUGCUGAAUAGUUAUUAUGUUUUCAUAUACUGUGAUUGUUAUUUGAACUGUGAUCCUUUAUCACGUGUAGACUG